AUGUUCCGCUUGACGGACGUACUCGUCUUUUACAUUGCAUGGGAUCGUUCCAUCAUCCAAAUACAUGAUUUGGGGCGCAUUGUCUUAAUUUCUUUUUUCCAUUCCCACACCGUUGUUCUCAUCAGCCCGAGUACCUCCUACUUCAAUUUUUACGUCCACGAACCCUUUUGCAGUGGGUCUACGUCCGAUUGGCGGUGGGCCAUCGGCCAAUCCUUUCCUUGCUAA